AUGCUUGACAUGGCAACUGUUAUGACCUAUUGGAUUGUGCUACUAGCUGCGGCUUCCACGGCGUUAGCUACGGCCACUACUUCCACCUUACUAGGCGUGUGUACGACCAAAUACGGCCGGACCUCAACUAGUAGAGUUAGUACCGCCAACGUAUUCCUCACUGUCACUAGUCAUGCGACUCUCGCAACAACUUCGACCCCCAUCAAAACAUCAACUCUUUCUCCGUCGACUAUUACCUCAGUGGUGACAGACACAGUCUAUUCCACAAGCGUCAUAGCACAGAUUACAGUUACUCUCUCAACAACACUUACAUCGACCAGUGUGGUAACCUUCUCUGAGACUAUUACAAAUACACAAACCAUUAUAAAUGACAUUACUGUUACAUCUACCUCCACAACUACAAUUCCACCUUCUCCUGGAUUUACUUUCGCUUCAGCACUCAGCACUUCAGCCAUCCAAGGACCUCGGCAGACGGCUGCCGCAGAGCAAAACGCGGAUACUCAGUUGUCUAAACAUUCUAACCAAGCAACUGCUCUUGCCGGGGGUUAUCACUACAAGUACAAUAACCAAGACUGCAGCAAAGACGUUGACUGUGACCAGUACACCACCUGCAAUAACUACCACAUCGGAAACUGUGUCUACAUUAAUUAUUACGAGCACUCCCUUCCCGGCUUCUAUCACUUCGACAUUUUCGACAAGCACGAUAGUCUCGACUACAGGGACAACCUACACGACAAGCACCCAGCUCCUGAAGCAACCUACUAUGCAGCUUGCGGCCCAGACAACCAGAUCAGUGAAAUCAAUGGUACAACGAUCGUCGCAGAGCGAUUUUCGGCCGGCUAUCACCUACAAGGGACAAAUCCAUAUGACUGCUGCGUGAGAUGUUUAACAUUCUCUGAGACCUGCACUAGUUACUCGUUUCGCGCGCAGUCGGCGUUUCAAAGCAGCAUAUGUUAUCUGAUUGCUCCAGACAAUGCCAUCUGUGAUCCUUCAGAGAAUAGCAGUCAGGCCGUCAUUUUGGGAAGCGGUGGCCUUGACACGGUUGGUAAUUCCAAUUGUGGGUCGUAUUCACUCGCAUAA